AUGCCUAGUCAGAUACAAACAUUGAUCGGAAAGAUCAGGAGAAAGCCUACGCAAGCAAGCGAUGGCAGAACGGCGGAAGCCGCGAGCGGGCUGAAGAACCACCAGAAGACUGGCAUUGUCAGCGACAUUAGAGGUCUCGGUGUUAAGGAUGCCAAAUUCGCUCUCGACGCUAUUACAACAUUGGCAUCAGGCGAGCCUUUGGACGAUAAAGAUCUUCUUCUCGAGAAGGGAGUCCAGAUGCUACAGGGACUGCCUCUGAACAGCGGUCUCAGCGCAAAAGUCUCAGACGGUUUUAUUAGCAUGCUCUGGAAUGACUUGCCCCACCCAACGCCUACACAUGCUGGACCUUCAGCAAGAUACCGGAAGCACGACGGCUCGGGAAACAAUCCUCACAACCCUGAAAUGGGCAAGGCAGGAUCGCCGUAUGCGCGCAACGUGCCUCCGACUAAACCGAAAGGACCAAACUUGCCCGACGUUGAAGACGUGUAUGAGGCGCUUCUCAAGCGCGAUAGGCCUUUCCGCGAGCAUCCUUCUGGCCUCAAUCGCCUGUUCUUCUCUUUCGCAACUAUCGUCAUUCACGAAUGUUUCCAAACCUCUAGGACAGACCCUUGGAUCAACGAGACUUCGAGCUAUGUUGACCUCAGCACCUUGUACGGCAACACAGAGAAAGAGCAGCCGCGCGUGCGAACGUACAAGAAUGGCCUGAUAUAUCCAGACUCUAUCGCCUCGGAGCGCAUCAUGAUGAUGCCUCCUGGUGUAGUCGCUGUACUUUUGAUGUUCUCGAGGAACCACAACCAUGUUGCGGAAUCAUUACUGUCAGUGAACGAGGACGGCAAAUAUAAGCCGUGGGAUAGUUUAGACGAAGCGGACAGAAAAUGGCAAGACGAGGACAUCUUCCAGAUUACUCGCAAUAUCAACGUUGGCUUCUUUGCUUCAGUCGUAUUGAAAGACUACGUCGCUGCCAUCUUGAACACCCCACGAGCCAACUCAGAAUGGUCUCUCGAUCUCGGUAAAGAGAUCAAACAAGGUGGUACACGUGUCGAGCGCGGAACUGGCAGUCAUGUAUCCGUGGAGUUCGCUGUUCUCUACCACUGGCAUGCUGCUCUCAGUGCUGCCGACGAGAAUUGGAUGGAAGAAAUCAUCCGUUCCGUUUUCCCCGACUUACGUCACAUCGACGAUGUAACAAUCGAGAUGUUCCACAAGGUUAUGAAGGUGUACGGUCACGACUUGAUGAACAAGAAGCCCUGGGAAUGGACCUUCGGAGGCCUUCAGCGAGGAGCCGAUGGCAGAUUCAACGAUGCUCAACUCUCAGAGCUGAUCAAAGACUGUAUCGAAGAACCUGCUCACGCUUUUGGUGCUCAUGGUACACCAGCCAGUCUCAAGGUUGUCGAUCUCAUGGGUCAGUUACAAGCCCGUGAGAUGUUCAAUGUCUGCACACUCAACGAAUUCCGUCGGUAUCUUAAUCUGAAGCCGUACGAAACAUUCGAGGAUUGGUGCUCUGACAAAGAGACGGCGCGGGCAGCCGAGCUUUUGUAUGGUCAUAUGGAGAAUAUGGAACUAUACCCGGGAUUAAUGGCUGAGUGCACGAAGCCCGCUAUGCCAGGAAGUGGCGUUUGUCCCGGUCAAACAACUGGUCGAGGUAUCUUGGACGAUGCUGUUGCAUUAGUUCGUGGUGACCGUUUCCUGAGCUACGACUUCAACAGUAACACUCUUACGCAGUGGGGUGCGGCUCUGCUGUCAGAGAGUACACCAGGAGCAUAUGGCGGCGUAUUUCCCAAGCUGCUCUUCCAGGGUCUCCCAGGUGGAUUUAAAGGAACUUCAAGCUACGCGCUGCUGCCCUUCUACACACCCAAAGCAGCCAAAGAGAUUCUCACAGGCAAUAAGGUGGUUGAACAGUAUGACCUCAGACGCCCUCCGAGCGAUUACGACAUCAUCAGUGUCCAGACGCAAGAAGGUUGCAAGAAAGUGUUCAAUGAUCGUGAAAGCUUUGUUGUCAUGUACCAGGCAGCUAUUCGCAACUGCACGGCUGGACAUGACUUCAUGAUCGGAUGGGACGAGCAAAAGAAGCAUGACGAGCGGUCCAAAAUCCUGGAUAAGGUCUUCUUCGAGGAGGGUUUUGAGAAGAACAUCGAUGAGUUCUUCACGACCAACGUACGGAAACUCAUCAAGCAGAACUCACUUAAAGGCGCCAAGGGUAGAAUGAGUAUCGACAUUGUUCGCGAUGUUACCAACAUCACGCCAAUCCUCUGGCUUGCAGAGCGUUUUGCACUUCCGCUGAAGACACAAGAGCAACCUAGAGGGUUACUCUCUAUCCACGAAGCGUUUCUCGCAUAUCUUGUUCUAUUCAUGUACCAAUCCUUCAACAUCAUGCCACACAAUGAGUGGAAACUGCGAGCAGGCGCGAUGCAAGCCGCAGCACCACUUCGCUCGAUCUUCGAAACCCACCUGAAGACACAGACAGGGCGUCUUGAAGGCUUGGUAGAUUGGAUGGCCAAGGGCUCCGCCUUUGAAGUAGGUCCACACGCCGACCGCAUCUACCACGCCCUUGCCGACACCAAGCUGCCCAUUGGCGACUUGGUAGGCGACUGUAUCGGCAUGGGAGCACCCGUGGCCGGAAACCUGACCCAGCAAGCUAGUUUGCUAAUCGACCUGUUCCUCUCGCCCGGGUACGAAAAGUACAAGGCGCGAAUCGUGGAACUGUCGCACAUGGAUCAUGCAGAAUCGGACCGCGAAUUACAAGGUUUCGUUUACGAGGGAAUGCGCCAUGUGGGCGUGGUUCCUGGUCUCCCUCGCGUCGCAACCAGAGAUAUCACUGUCAACGACGGUGCCCGUGGCCCCGUGUCCAUCAAAAAGGGUCACACGAUCCUCAUUGCCACGUCCAAGUCUGCCAUGGACCCGGUUGCGUUCCCCAACCCUGAGAUCAUGAAUCCCCACCGCCCAUUUGAAGAGUACAUUCUACUCGGCCACGGUCUACAUUUCUGCUUUGGCGCGCGUCUUGUCGGCCCCUCUCUCGCUGCCACGCUUCGUGAAGUGUUCAAACUGCCAAAUGUACGUCGCGCGCCCGGUAAGCAAGGCCGUUUUACCGUUACCGAGCAUAAACUCGCGGGCAUCACGAUGCGGCAUUAUCUCGAUUCUAAUUCAAAGGAGAGUCCUAUUCCGACAAGUCUGCGUCUACAUUACGAUAGCGAGGAUGUUGUUGCUAAUGGACUGAAUGGCCAUGCCACCACGGGCGGGCUUACAAACGGACAUACGAAUGGGCUGGCUAAUGGCCAUGUGAACUAUGCCUCUAAUGGGCAUGCAAACGCUGGUGGCGAUAAUGAGCAUGGGAAUGCUUAUACGAUUGCGCCUUAG